CAUCAAUCUCAGCUGUUCUUUCGAAACCCCGAAGUUAGGGUUUUAGCAAGCUUGGUUUUUGCUCCAUGGCUAGCGAAAAACUAGAAGGGGAGAAACCGGAGGAGGAGGCUCCUGUUGGUUCUAAAAAGGAGCUUAAUGUAAAAGAACCGAAGGAAGGGAAACAGCAAGAAGAAGAACAAAAAAGUCAAGAACUUUCACUCAAAGACGCAUCCGGGGAAACCGAGGAACCUGAGGGAAAGAAAGAAGUUGAAGAGGAAGAGGAAAAGAAGGUACAGGAAGGUGGAGGAGAAGGGAAUGCGCAGGAGGCCAGAGAGGAAAAGAAAAGGCUGGAGGCUGCAGAGGAAGAGGAAGUAGACGAGUACAAAGCGCCGGCGGCUGAAGAUGAGACUAAAGAGGAAGAUAAAGUACAGGAGGCCGAAGGAGAGGAUGAAGAUGGUCAAGAGAAGGCCUCAAGGAAAGUAAGGAGAAGUACCCGGAAAAGGAUCUCUAAGAAAGAGAAAAAUGAAUCAAAGAAAUGGAGUCAGGAAUCAAAUGAGGAGCCUGUUACUCCAAGCAGUGAUAGGCCCACGAGGGAGAGAAAGGUCGUUGAGAGGUACUCAGUACCAUCAGUUGCCAGGUCUUCUUCAAGCAAAGCCUUGUCGAUUGAGCAGGGUUGUGGCACACAGCUUAAAGACAUUCCAAGUGUGGCUUUCAAGUUGUCGAAGAGAAAACCUGAUGAUAGUCUUCAGAUGCUUCAUAUGAUACUUUUUGGAAAGAAAGGAAAGGCUCAUACUUUAAAGAGAAACAUAGGCCAAUUUUCAGGUUUUGUGUGGGUUGAGAAUGAGGAAAAACAGAAAGUGAAAGUAAAGGAAAAACUUGAUAAAUGUGUUAAAGAAAAAUUGUUGGAUUUUUGUGAUAUUCUCAAUGUUCCAGCAAGCAAGACCACAAAAAAGGAGGAAAUUUCUGUCAAAUUGUUGGAAUUUUUGGAAUCUCCUCAUUCUACAUCUGAUGUUCUGCUAGCUGAAAAGGAGCAGAAAGUUAAAAAGCACAAGGUCACACCAAGCAAGAAUAUCAGCCCUGGAGAAUCAUCAGGUUCAUUAGCAAUGAAGCAAAAACAAACCCCACAAUCUGGAGGAAGGCAUAAACGACUGUCAAAAGCAGAUGAAGAAGACAAUGAGAAAAAUGAAUCAGCACGCCCUAAAGGUGAUCUUCCUGAAGAUGAAUAUGAUUCUGCACCAAAAGAAGAGAGUGAUCAUGAGAAGAGUAAAUCAGGGAAAGAUGAUGGACCAGAAAAGAAAAGUAAAAAAAGUUCCUCAAAAAAGAUUGUAAAGGAGAGCUCAGGGUCUGAAAGCAAGGACAAAUCUAUGCCUAGAAGGAAGGCUGUCCCUGCAAAAUCUACAAAGGUUCCUGGAAAACCUGCCAAGGAGUCAUCUGGUACAACUCUAAAACGAGGUUCUACUGAUGCUGAUGAAACUUCAAAAGGAUCUGUAUCAAAAAAACGGAAGGUUGAGAAAGAAAGUUUGAAGGGCUCAAAAGACAAGAUGGAUGCCAAGAAGCAAACAAACAAAUCACCAAUAAAGGAUUCUACCAAAGAAAAAGGUAAAGGCAAAUCCAGCAAGAAACCUAAACCACAGCCUACAAGAGAAGAGAUGCAUGCAGUAGUUGUUGAUAUUCUGAAAGAAGUGGACUUCAAUACUGCAACUUUAUCUGAUAUUCUCCGGAAACUUGGUCAACACUUUGAUGUGGAUCUGAUGGACAGAAAAGCGGAGGUGAAGGAUAUUAUUACAGAGGUGAUAAGAAAUAUGUCCGAUGAAGAAGAUGAGGAAAGUGAAGAGUCUGCUGGUGCUGCUGAUAAAGAUGGAGGUGGGGAUGAUGAUAAUGCUUAGUCUUUCUGUCAGGAAUCAUAAAAUGUAGCGGAACACCUGAGGUAUGUGCGGUCAUCGGUUAAUAUCCGCCUGCUGGGGUUACUUCAACAUUUCCAUAGAGAUAAAUAACUGUCAUUUUAUGUUCAAUAGGUUUUGUUUAUACCAUAGGCAUUAGUGGCUCCUUUGUACGAGUAGCUUCUUGUGGACCUGCCUCAAGUUUACCUGCAGUUUUUGGGUCCCUUAGCUUUGCCAUCGUUUAGUCUUUUUUUUUUUUUUAACAUUGAAAUUUGUCGCUUGUACUUUAUUAUUCACCAGUGAUUCAGUCAAACUUUAUCAAAAAAAAAAAAAGAAAAAAAGAUUCAGUCAAUGCUAUUUUUGUAACUGCGGGCCAUUUCAGCAAUUUAAAUCCAUAACUAGAAAGGUGCCUGAUGUCGCCAUCAGUCAUGUAUUUCGAUAGUUGAGAUGACGAUAAAAUUAGUGUAGACUG